GAUCCUUCUCUAUUACAUCAAUUUCUGCCCUGUCGACUCUCGAGCCAUCUUCCUAUUCUUGCCUUGUUGAUUCCAGUCCUUAUUACUAGUAUCAAGCAAUGUCUUCAGACGAUUCCCCGGUCUAUUCUUCCUUUUUCGCAGCUAUGGGUGCUUCUGCCGCCAUCAUCUUUAGCUCAUUAGGAGCUGCUUACGGUACAGCUAAGAGUGGUACUGGUAUUGCUGCCAUGAGUGUCAUGAGACCUGAUCUGAUCAUGAAGUCAGUUAUCCCGGUCGUUAUGGCUGGUAUCAUUGCUAUCUAUGGACUGGUAGUGUCUGUACUGAUUGGGAAUGGACUGAAGAAGGACAUUACUCUAUUUGAGUCAUUCAACCAGUUAGGUGCUGGUCUUUCCGUUGGUUUCAGUGGUCUAGCCGCAGGGUUUGCAAUAGGUAUAGUGGGGGAUGCUGGAGUACGUGGAACAGCCCAACAGCCCCGCCUCUUUGUUGGUAUGAUCCUCAUCCUCAUUUUUGCUGAAGUUUUGGGUCUCUACGGACUCAUUGUCGCCCUCGUCCUUUCUACCAAAAAACCAUAGUUACUGGGUGUGCCUUCUUUUGUUUAGUAAAAAACUUCUUUGAUUUAUUAUUAUUAUUAUUAUUAUUAUUAUUAUUGUUAUUACAUACAUUUAUUUGUGUGAUGAGCUGUCAUAGUAGCUAAACUUCUCACAACUGCUGUAUAUCGAUAUAAUUAUACUGUUAUUAUUGUAGUGUCAUCAUUUUUGAUAAUAAUAAUUAUUAAUUCUCUGUCUCUUUUUGUAGCAUGUCCCUUGUUUUGUCUUUUUUCUAAAUAAAAUUAUUUAAAAUAUUUUUAAAAAUUGA